AUGGAGUUCGAUUCAAGUUUCAGAGAGGAUUACCCCUUUCUUUCAAGCCUUCUUGCUGAUAAUCCCUUCAGUAAUCCUGAGUUUGGAAAUGGGUUUUCUUCUGUCUUUGAUAACUCAUCAUCCUCUUCUUCAAACAAGGGUUUGUUUCACAACUCUCAUUACCAGCUUGAGCUUGAUCAUGACUCCUUCCUGACGAACCCUCAAAGUUUUAGCCGACUUACCAUCGAGGGUUCGUCCAAAAAUCCCUUCUUCGGGGUUUCGAAACCGAGUUUCGAUCCUUUCGAGGUUUAUACAAAUAUUUUUUCAGCUGAUCAUGUUGUUGACUGCACUCCUUUGAUACCAAAUGCUGCAAAUGGGCUCUUGCAUGGCUCUGACGGAAGCGCAUUUUGGGCUCAGUCUGUGCCGGAAACUCAGAUUUAUCAGCCUAUCAAAUUUCAAGAGUUCGGAUCAGCCGCUGCAAGGCUACCGGAUGAAGUGUCGUGCAUAACUGGUGAUCAAAACGCUACGUAUCAUCAGAAAGUUGAUCAGAAGAGGUACAAAAGGAUACAAACCAGAAGAGGUGGCAAACCUCCGAAGAAGCACAACCUAAUCAAAGGACAAUGGACUGCUCAAGAGGACAAGAUGCUGGUGCAGCUUGUAGGUCAGUAUGGUACAAAGAAAUGGUCUCAAAUUGCUAAGAUGCUGAAUGGGAGAGUGGGAAAGCAGUGCAGAGAGAGAUGGUACAACCAUUUGAAGCCUGAUAUCAAGAAGGAAGCCUGGAGCGAAGAUGAAGACAUUAUACUCAUUGAAUCACACAAGCUGUUAGGGAACAGAUGGGCGGAGAUCGCCCGCAGAUUGCCAGGUCGAACUGAGAAUACUAUAAAGAAUCAUUGGAAUGCAACCAAAAGAAGGCAGCACUCCAAGAGAAAGAACAGGGAAUCCACUCCAAAAUGCAGCCUCUUGCAGAGCUACAUCAAGACUGUCACAUAUCCAACUUCAUUCAUCAAAAAGGACAAGGGGAAAAAACCCAUUACGGGAAAUAAAAUACAACAAGUGAUUAAUAACGUCGUCAUGCCCACUCCACAACUUCAUCAGGUUGAAAGCUCAGAUUUCAACUCAGCUGCUGCAGAUUGGCAAGUCCCGGCACCAGCAGCUUAUGAACAAAAUGAAGCCAUGGGGUAUUCAUUUGAUGCUAGCAUGUUAUGCGACGGAUACAACUUUGGGUCGAUACUCGAUGAGGUGACUUGCGGGUCGAUGGUUGAUGAGAGCAACAAUGAGUUUGAGAUGCCAGUGGAAAUAGAUAGCUUCUCCCAGGAGGAUCAGCUGAGAAGGGAGAUGGAGAUGAUGGAGAUGGUGUAUAAAGGGCUUGCAGGCUAA